UAGUUUUUUAUUCAAAUUGACAGAAAAGCUUGAGCCCCAGACGACCAACCAUGUGAAGGGAGAGGCUGCACAGCUAUCUCUAGCCUUCUCCACAUGAUUACAAGAUUAUACAAAAAAGUGAAUAAUGCACCUAACAGUGUUGAGAAAAGAGUGAAACAUCCCCAACUCUCCCUUUCCCAGUUCCAGGACUUAUUCUGAACUGCUCUCAGAGUCAGGGAUGCUGACCAUCCAACUGGCCCAUGUGCCAUUAUUAGCAACAUGAUUGAUCUAUUUCCCAAUUUUUACCUUCUUGAAGAUCAGCUCAAUUUCCGCAUCUAUCUAGACUCCAAAGUCUAGAGAUCUUUAUUCUUCAUCAUAAAUUUCGUUCACCUUUGGACUUCUUACCUACAUGGGUGUGAACAUCUAUUGUCAACUAGGAAGAGGAGGGGCAUUCGGGUAAAUCUUCUUCAAUUCGUCGCCUUUUGCUAAACCAAUCAGUCUGCAGAUCCUCGAGCCAAUAAAAUUCAGCCCUCAAAGUGUCCUGAUUCUGAGUCUCUGACUAUCAGAUUUGAGAAAGAGAGGGUGUAAUAUGUAUGGCCGCCAAUCUUAGAACAAGUAAUAUGUAUUAUCACUUCUUGUUGGCUUUCCAGUUCCUUGUUUUGCUGCAAACCAGAUCAGUCUCUUGUUACCAAUACAAGGUUGGAGAUUUAGAUGCUUGGGGAAUACCCACUUCAGCAAAACCACUAGUCUACACACAAUGGUCCAAGUAUCAUACCUUCAAGAUUGGAGAUUCUCUCUUGUUUUUAUACCCACCAAGUCAGGAUUCAGUGAUACAAGUAACGGAACAAUCCUACAACAACUGCAACAUUAAAGAUCCAAUCUUGUACAUGAACAAUGGAAACUCUCUUUUCAACGUCACCAAAUAUGGGGAAUUCUACUUCACCAGUGGAGAGCAGGGCCACUGCGAGAAGAAGCAAAAGCUCCACAUUUCUGUGCUUUCUGGAAAUGGGUCUUCUGUAGAUUCUCCUUCAUAUGGUCCGAGUGCAUUGCCAGAAAUCUCACCCUCUUACCCCACUGUUUUUGGUACGAUGCCACAACCACCUUCUUCUUCUCCUCCACCAAGCUUUCCGGUAUUCAUGGCAGCCCUCGCUUUAUUUGCUGUAUCUGCACUGGUCGGUGGCAUCAUGUGAGGAACAUCAUUAUUUUGUACUUUGAACCCAAGUGUGAGAGAUUAUCCUUUGUUCCUCUUGAAAUUGAUUAUUUUUUUCCCUUUUAUUAUUGGUUCAAAGAUCUGUGAUCAAUUUCCAUAUUGGUUAAUAUGAAGAUUUUGGCAAUUGGUGGUUCUUCCAAAGAAGUUAG